AUGUCCUCAACAACAACCUUACAAAUGACCGGCGGGCCAAUCAUUUCAAUUUCAGAUAUGGACAACUUUAUGAAACUUGGAGAAUUAGCACAAGGCGCACGGAGUCAAAGGCCGAUAAAAAAGACCUCAUCAAUGGAUUUUGAUCUUCUUCGAGCAUCUGGUGAUGCCGCACGUAGAAGAAGAGGAAGUACUGCUUCCGAAGCAUCAACAUGUGGAUCACCUUCAUACACCCCAACAUCAUCCGCUUUCCAAAGUACUAGAUCAACACCUUGUGCGAGUCCUCUGUUACGGCCUAUCGAUACAUGUGAAUCACGAUAUGAUUUUAUGUUACCCGUUAAUUUACCGACACAAUGGACUCUACCUUCCUCGCACUCGGCAUCGGAGUUCAAUGGAGGGGGACUUGAAGGGGAUAGAGAUUCAUUUUUGAAGUUGGAUGUUAAUGUUGGAUCACCAUUUGAAAUCGGAAUGGCUUCGGAAUUAAGGAUUAUUAAUGCAGAUGGCUCUUAA